UUUUCAGCUGAUUUUCAGACGGAUACAUUUGUACGGAUCUUUAAAAUAAAUGUUUGGGCUGUCAUCCGGUUACUAUGGAAACAAGGCCAGCUGGAGGAGAAAGUCACUUCCGCCCGCGUCCCUCACUAAAAACUGUCCGGGCUGCGCUGAGGAAGCGUGAGAAAGGUUCCGGGUGACGAGGAGGUGUGCGACGACUACAGGGGAAGAAGGCGUAGAGUGUCAUCUAGGCUGCAGUGACUGUAAAGAUUCGGUGUUGGAGAUCCAGGUGAAUAUGGUAAAGAAACCGGUUAGUGGAGGCGCUGCACAACUGUAAUCAUGAAGAGAAGACUUGAGCAGCACAGGACAAUAAAACUUUUAUUGAUUUAAAACUUUUCCUGUAUACCUGGAAGCCACAGAAAUUGCCUGAUCGAGAGAACGUGCAAGAGUAAGGUUAAUCUUGGAGUCCUUGGAUAUGGAGUAUGUGGGGAGCAGCAGAGCCGAACAAGAUCUCUCCCUUAUUAUAUCUGCGGUGAACAUUGCCUGGGCACAAAAAAAUGUGGAGCAGGUUCGGGAAAACUUGAGACAGUUCAUAAUGACAGCGGACAACCCGAUGACUUCUCUCCUGGACUUGCUGGAUCACUAUAACGGCACUAAAGGAAAAGGGAACAAUCUGGCGAAUUUAAUCGUUUGUGAAUUUCAGACAUGGAUAAAUGACCAUCCAGAAUGUCAGCAGGUGGGUUUGAGACUGAAGAAGCUGCAAGCACGUGCUUUCUCUUUGGUCAGCGAAGGGAAUCUCAUGGAUAUCCUCGUCUCCAUCUACAAACUGGAGGAUGCGGACCGAUCCUUUCAACUGGGCCACGUCACCCAUCUUCACCAAAUGGGAAAAUACAAAGAGGCGACCAUCCUCAGUAUAAAGCUCAAUCUACAGUCUGAUCUGGACCUGGAGCAAAUGUGCACUCCCUUGCUAUUGCUGGACAGAUUUAAUCUGGUGGAGUCCUAUGUGUCCGGCUGCCCCGAUCUGCAGAGCCAGCUGCUCCAGAUGUUGGAUCGAUGGAGCGAUUCCAGCUUCAACCCCAGGAAAAUCAGCAAAGAAUACCGGGGUCUUCCUCCUAUUAAACCUGACAAACUGAAUUUGAAGACUCUUAGUAAGUUGGCAUUUCGGCUGCUGGAAACCUACAACUUGGAUCCGGCUCUCUGUUCUAAUAUGAUAAACCAGCGUCACCUGGGCACCCUGAAAUAUCUGAUGUACAAGAGGUUUGUUGAGAAAACAAUGACUCAUGAGAACUGGGCUGACCAUGUGCAGAACACGGUUGAGCAGAAUCGCUGGUUGCAGGAGCAGUGCAUCGCUCUGCUGUGUCGGUAUAGUGACCUGCAAACAGCCGGGUACUGGGCUCUUAAAUUCGAGAUGCCCAAAGAAACUCUCCCUCGAAACGUGGCCGAUAUUCUCCAGGACCUUUCUAUACAGGAGAGGCUGUUGGAGAGCGACAAUAACACUGAAGACUCCCAAGCGAGAAGAAACCACUUUUACCAACUUCCUAUUCCCAGGAGCAAAGUUCAUUUCCUGCAGAAUCGCACAGAACUGUCCGGCUGCAGAGACACGGUCCUGAAGGACGGACAGAUCGUGGGGGUGGACAUGGAGUGGAGACCAUCAUUUGGUGGACUGGGGAAGCCGAAUGUGUCCCUUAUCCAGUUGGCAUUGAAGGAUGAAGUCUUCCUGUUGGAUGUUUUGCAUUCAAGUUUGCUCCAAGACGGCGAUUCAGAAGGGAACUCCGAACUGGUCUCAUUCAUCAAGGAUCUGUUCUCCUCCAACAAGGUUAAGAAACUGGGUUAUGGGAUGGUUGGGGACUUUCAAAGCCUGGAAGCGACUGAAGCCAGAUUUCGAGGACUUGAGCUGCACAAUACGGUCGACCUCUGCGAGGUGCAUAAGCAAAUUCAGCGUAACCACAGUCGGCCGCGGGCGUCCGGUGGGCCGGUGGAUGUCCUAGAGGAUGCAGCAGGUGACUCCGUCCGGCAGCCAGAGAAGGGGCUGAGUUUGCUUGUAAAGGACGUCUUGGGAAAACCCCUGGAUAAGAAGGAGCAGUUGUCAAAUUGGGAUAAGCGUCCUCUACGAGAAAAUCAGAUCAUCUACGCAGCUGCCGAUGCCUAUUGCCUACUGGACGUCUUUGAGACCCUGUGCCAUAACCCGGACAAGUUUGGUCUGAAAACAAAUUUCUUUGAACUUCCCAAAGGCAAAGCUUCAACGAAUAAAGAUGCAAGAAGAUCUCCACGCCAAAAGGAUUCCCUGAACAAUAGGUUGAAAACUCCACCACCCAAAACGUUACCCCCAAAAAGCUCUUUGCAGACCAAACCUCUGUCUCCCCGGGAGUUCAGUGUCAUCUGUGACAAUAUGCUGCAGGGGCUGGGGCGUUACCUGCGUUGCUUGGGUGUCGAUGUCUUGAUGCUGGAGAACGAUGAUGACCACAGGAAAGCAGCAGAGAUUGCCAGGCGAGAUGGGAGGGUGAUUCUUACCUGCGGCUUGCCCUACCAGACUCUCCGUUCUCAAAUUGGAGAAGGAAGAUGUUUUUCUGUGAACUGUUCAGAAAAGGCUAGAGAGCAGGCGGUGAAGGUGCUGAAGCAUUUCAAUGUCACUGUUACUCUCAAGGACGUCUUCAGUCGUUGUCAGGUGUGUAAUUGUAACAAGUACCUGCACAUUUCCCAGGAGAGGAUGAAGCAGCUCAUGAAACUGGGAGAGCACCUGAAGAAGAUCAGAGAGAAGCAAGAUUCCCCACACGCCAGCGAGCCGGAGGGGUUCCCCCAUCACGAAAAUCUGCAAUGGAUGGAAGAAUUGGGCAUCUCCCCAGAAUCUCUGCGCUUGGCCAGCGGUGCCCACCUUCAGCUGGACGCGGUGCCCGCAGGACUGGUAGACAAGGUGCCCCUGUACUUCUGCUGCAGUCAGUGUGGCAAAGUCUUCUGGGAAGGGUCGCACUUUGGACGGGUGGUCUCCCAAUUCCAGGAAGUUCUACAGGACAAUGGGGAAUGUAUUUACCAAUCUGCCAACCCAGGGCUCUGAAGAGGGCAACUGGGAGGACUGGGAAUGGUAUUCGGCGGCUUUAUCUUCACCCAGGAGGGCACGGUUCAGAUACGCCAGGGGUUAAUGGUUAUAGCAGUGAAUAUUCAUAGGAUGAUGGGGGUGUUAGUUGCGGAAGUUGUAAGACCCUAUAUAAAGUGGAGGCAGCAGGGAGGGGCUCAGAUCCCUCCUGCAACACAAAAAUAUUUUA